GUCACCGGCAUCGUCGUCGAGGGCGGCCGGGUGUGCGGCGUCGAGACCACGCGCGGGCGCAUCGCCUGCAAGAAGCUGGCCCUGGCCACCGCCGGCAACUCCUCGCGCACCGCCGCCCUGGCCGGCCUGCGGCUGCCGAUCGAGAGCCAUGUGCUGCAGGCCUUCGUGUCGGAGGCGAUCAAGCCCUACAUCGACCAGGUGGUGACCUUCGGCGCCGGCCACUUCUAUCUUAGUCAGUCGGACAAGGGCGGGCUGGCCGGCCUGGCCAUGGCGCCGGGCCUGUCGCGCCUGCGCCUGCUGCGCUCCUGGGGCGGCGUCAUGGACAUGUCGAUGGACGGCAGCCCGAUCAUCGACAAGACCGACAUCGCCGGCCUCUACCUCAACUGCGGCUGGUGCUACGGCGGCUUNNCUUCGCCCACACCAUCGCCCGCGACGAUGAUCGUCGACUGCCCCUUCUGCGGCCCCCGCCCGAGCGAGGAGUUCGGCCAGCUCGGCGAUGCCGCGCCGCAGCGGCCCGACAGCCCCGAGGCCGACCCCGAGGCCUGGUACGCCUACGUCUACCUGCGCGCCAAUCCGCGCGGGCGGCACCGUGAGUACUGGCAUCAUCUGGGCGGCUGCCGGCAGUGGCUGGUGGUGACCCGCGACACCGCGACCCACGAGAUCCAUGCGGUCGAGACGGCGCGCGCCGCCGCCGGGCGAGGGCAAGGCGUGAGCGGCUAUCGGCUCGACAGCGGCGGGCGGAUCGACCGCAGCCGGCGCCUGCGCUUCACCUUCGAUGGCGCGCGCUUCGCCGGCCAUCCCGGCGACACCCUGGCCAGCGCGCUGACCGCCAACGGCGCGGCCAGCCAGAACGCCUGGCCCUCGCUGCGCUUCGACCUGAGCGCGGCCAACCAGCUCCUCGCGCCCUUCCUGCCGGCCGGCUUCUACUACAAGACCUUCAUGUGGCCGGCCGCCUUCUGGGAGCGGGUCUACGAGCCGCUGAUCCGCCGCGCCGCCGGGCUCGGCCGCGGCACCCACGCGCCCGACCCGGACAGCUACGAGAAGGGCAACCUGCACUGCGACCUGCUGGUCGUCGGCGCCGGGCCGUCCGGCCUGCUUGCCGCCCUGGCGGCGGCGCGCGCCGGCCUACGGGUGAUCCUGGCCGACGACCAGCCCGAGGCCGGCGGCCGCCUGCUCUCGCGCCGGGCGCCGCUCGACGAGGAGGCGCCCGAGGUCUGGCGCGACCGGGUGGUGGCCGAGCUGGACGCGGCGCCCAACGUCCGGCGGCUUUCGCGCACCACGGUCUUCGGCUGGUACGACGACAAUCUCUUCGGCGCCCUGGAGCGGGUGGCCGAUCACCUGCCGGAGCCGCCGGCCCAUCUGCCGCGUCUGAUCUACUGGCGCAUCCAUGCCAGGCGGGCGCUGCUCUGCGCCGGCGCCGAGGAGCGCCCGCUGGUGUUCGGCGGCAACGACCGCCCCGGCGUGAUGCUGGCCUCGGCCGGCCAGUCGCUGGUCAACCGCUACGGCGUGGCGCCGGGCCGCAAGGUCGCGCUCUUCACCACCACCGACAGCGGCUACGCGGUGGCGCGCGACCUGCAGGCCGCGGGCGUCGCCCUGGCCGCGGUGAUCGAUCCGCGCGCGCCGGGCCCGGACGGCCAGGCCGGGCCGGAGAGCAAGGGGCUGGAGUGCCAGGUGCGCCGCCGUUCGGUGGUGGCCGACACCAGGGCCGGCCUGGGUGGCGGCCUGGGUGGCGGCCUGGGCGGGCUGGAGGUGGUGGACCGCGCGCACGACCGGCGCGUCACGCUGGACUGCGACACGCUGCUCGUGUCGGGCGGCUGGAACCCGAUCCUGCACCUGACCUGCCAUCGCGGCACCAAGCCGGUCUGGCGCGAGGCGCUCGCCGCCUUCGUGCCGGGCGAGGUGGGCGCCGCCUUCCGCGUCGCCGGCGCGGCGGCCGGCCACCUCUCCACCGCCGACUGCUUUGCCUCGGCCCUGGCGGCGGUGGCCGCCAUCGGGGCCGAUCUGGGCUGCGAGGUGCCGGCGGUCGAGGCGCCGGCCUGCCCGGAGGAGCCCUGCGCGCUCGCGCCGCUCUGGUGGGUCAAG